AGAGAAAGAAAGACUAAUGAACAAAAUAGAGAAUGAGAGGAAGAAAAGAGAAGAAUAUACAGAGAGAGAAGAACAAUAUAAAACACUAAUGAAAGAGAAAGAACGAGAGAUGCAGGAGGAGAUGAAAAGAGAACGGGAGGAAUGGGAGAAACAGAAACUAGAGGAAAAGACAAGAAGAGAAGAAGAGGAUGAGAAAAGGAGAAAUAAUGAACAGAGAGAUUGGGAUGAAUUUAACCAGAGACUGAAAGUAGAGAGAGAGAGAAUGGAAAGAGAGAAAGAAGAUCUUCACUCCAAACAUGAAGAAGAAGAAAACAAGAUGAAGAUCCUGAUGGAGAAACUGAACAGAGAAAGAGAAGAACUAAUGAAGAAACAGGAAGAAGAAAAAGAGAGAAUGAAGAUGACGAUGGAGGAAGAACGACAGAAUCAGGACAAAGAGAGAAAGAGAGAGAAGAAGAGUUGAAUAAGAGAGAAGAACAAUGUAAAACACUAAUGAAAGAGAAAGAAGAUCUUUAAUCCAAACAUGAAGAAGAGAAAGAGAGAAUGAAGAUGACGAUGGAGGAAGAACGACAGAAUCAGGACAA